UUCGCAUAGGAACCCACCGCGGGAGCUCAUUGGCUGGUGUGCAGCGGACCAAUGGGCAUGUGCGUUGGUGAGCGCUGGGGCGCGUGAGGCUCGGGUCUGUCCGGCGCUCGCUCUCCGCACGGCUCCGCCGCCAUGAGCUCCAUCGGCACCGGGUAUGACCUGUCAGCUUCCACAUUCUCUCCAGAUGGCAGAGUAUUUCAAGUUGAAUAUGCUAUGAAAGCUGUGGAGAAUAGUAGUACAGCAAUUGGCAUAAGAUGUAAAGAUGGUGUUGUCUUUGGAGUAGAAAAACUAGUCUUGUCCAAGCUUUAUGAAGAAGGUUCCAAUAAACGUCUCUUCAAUGUUGAUCGACAUGUUGGAAUGGCAGUAGCAGGACUCCUGGCAGAUGCUCGUUCUUUGGCAGACAUAGCUAGAGAAGAAGCUUCUAACUUUAGAUCUAACUAUGGAUAUAAUAUUCCAUUGAAGCAUCUUGCCGACAGAGUGGCCAUGUAUGUACAUGCCUACACACUAUACAGUGCUGUCAGACCUUUUGGCUGCAGUUUCAUGUUAGGGUCUUAUGAUGAGGAUGAUGGCGCUCAGCUUUACAUGAUUGACCCAUCAGGUGUUUCAUAUGGUUAUUGGGGGUGUGCCAUUGGUAAAGCCAGACAGGCUGCAAAGACAGAGAUUGAAAAACUUCAGAUGAAAGAAAUGACUUGCCGUGAUGUUGUUAAAGAAGUUGCAAAAAUAAUCUACAUAGUUCAUGAUGAAGUGAAGGAUAAAUCUUUUGAACUUGAACUCAGCUGGGUUGGAGAAAUAACAAAAGGAAAACAUGAAAUUGUUCCAAAAGACAUCAGAGAAGAAGCAGAGAAAUAUGCUAAGGAGUCUUUGAAAGAGGAGGAUGAAUCAGAUGAGGACAAUAUGUAACACAUUGUUAUUUCAAGACACGUUUCAAUUUUCUUAAUUUGUAGUAGCCAUUAAUGUGUUAACCAUGGAUUAUUUACUUGCUGGAAAGGUGUUAACUUGCACUAAAAUAAAUUUCCCCAUUUACUGUCAA